AUCAACGAAAAUUUAAGAAAGAAUUUUAUCCGCCUAUUGCAAUCUACGGCCGUAUCCCCUAUCCUUUUAAUAAAAAAGCCCAACAACGGCGUUCGUAUUUAUAUUGACUAUUAUAAUAUUAAUAAUAUAAUAUUGAAAAUAUAUUACCCGCUACUAUUAAUUAAAGAGACCUUCGAUACUAUUUACCGUAUAAAGAUUUUAUUAAAUUCAAUAUAA